CCGCCGUUUCAUUGGGCCGUAUCCGUCGCAGUCAAGAUUGGAAAUACGGCGACGUCCAAGUUUCACAGCCUCCAUAGGCGCCAAUCAGCGAUUCGGAAGCGCACGGGGCCUAACAAAAGAAAUCGAUAAUUUAGGAUUAAAAGGGAAGUCAUUGUGUGUAAAAUUAACACAAGAUAUUCUGCCGCCACAACAACAGCAUUAG